UAAAACAAUUUAAAUAAAUUUUGGUUAAAAAGGAGAGAAGUAAAUAGAUUUGUGGAGAAAAUAACAAUUGAUUGAAAAAAGAAGAAAAAAGAAAAAUUGGGGGAAAAUGAGGAGCGACCAUUUCAAAGCGAGGUUCUCGGGAAAAAGGAGCCGAAUCUGAAAUCAGUCUCUGAGAGGAGACAGACCACACGACGACGAUGGCGAUGCUAGAAAGCAUUGUCGUAUUCACCCUCCUUCUCCUUAUGUUGCUUCUUAUCAUCAUCGUCAUCCUCUUCUCUUUCAAACCAUGGCGCUUCUUCUCCUUCUCCUUCUUCUCAUUCUCCUCUCGCUCUCGCACCAUCAAGGUUGGUGACUUUGAGAGGCCUCUUGUAUCAGAUGAUGUAGAUCUCACUCGAGAUCUAAGCAAUGAUUUGACAAGAAAUUAUGAUUUAGAGGGGGCAUGUCACCAAAAUGAAGAUCUUCUACGUUCACCUCGUACUCAGGGACUUGUUCACAAACAGCGACUCCCCUCUGCAUCUCAUUUGGCUCAAGGUGAUAGCAUAAUAUCUGAUCCUUCAGAGGAUAUUUUGGUUGGUCAGACGCUAAAGCGUCCAUUGUUGUCAGAGCACCUAGUUGAAGCACCAAAACAUGGUAGACAUGAAAAUCAAAGUGAAAACUUGCAAUUUGAUGGAGAAAAUGAUAGCCUACAAUGCUUUGUUCCCAAGGCUAUCAGUGAUCAAAGAAGUUGCCUCUCUCUUGAGGUUGUCUCUGGUCCUUCUUGUGGAAUUCAUUGCUCUGUACAGUCAACGAGCACUUCAAGGCUACCAUUAACCCUUGGAAGAGUUUCUCCAAGUGAUUUAUUAUUGAAGGAUUCAGAGGUUUCUGGAAAGCAUGCAAUGAUAAAUUGGAAUUCAAAUAAAUUGAAAUGGGAGCUGGUGGACAUGGGUAGCCUCAAUGGAACACUAUUGAAUUCUCAGCCAAUUAAUCAUCCUGAUUCUGGAAGUAGGCAUUGGGGUUUCCCAAUGGAACUUGCAAGUGGAGACACAAUAACACUUGGCACAACCUCAAAGAUAUAUGUUCAUAUUUCAUCCAGAAAUGAGCGUCUGGUCCCUUUUGGAGUUGGUAUGACUUCGGACCCUAUGUCAUUGCGUCGAGGAGGAAAAAAGCUUCCUAUGGAAGAUGUUUGCUAUUAUCAAUGGCCUCUUCCUGGCAUUGAUAAGUUUGGGGUGUUUAGUAUCUGUGAUGGACAUGGUGGUGUUGAGGCUGCCAAAUCUGCGAGCAAGAUUCUGCCUGAGAUGGUUGCUACCAUUUUAUCAGAUUCUGUAAAAAGGGAGAGGGUUUUGUCACAACAUGAUGCCUCGGAUGUUCUUAAAGAUGCAUUCUCUCGAACAGAAGUGUGCAUGAAUAACUAUUAUGAGGGCUGUACUGCAACCAUUCUUCUGGUUUGGGCUGAUGAUGAUGAAAAUUUCUUUGCACAAUGUGCAAACGUUGGCGAUUCAGCUUGUCUUAUGAAUGUCAAAGGUAAGCAGAUUAAGAUGACAGAAGACCAUAAAGUAACUAGUUAUUCUGAAAGACUCCGGAUCGAAGGAAUAGGGGAGCCAUUAAAAGAUGGGGAGACGCGUCUAUGUGGUUUGAACCUCGCUAGGAUGCUUGGAGACAAGUUUGUGAAACAGCAAGAUCCACGCUUUAGUUCUGAGCCUUAUAUAAGUCAAGUUGUGCAUAUCAAUCAAACAAGUGAGGCAUUUGCACUACUGGCUAGCGAUGGAUUCUGGGAUGUUGUUAGCGUUAGGAAGGCAAUUCAGUUAGUUGCACAGACGAGGGAGAGACAUUCGACAGAUAAGGAGAAUUUGGCAGAAAAGAUAGCUGAUGUUUUGUUGAAUGAGGCUAGAACAAUGAGAACGAAGGAUAAUACCUCUGUUAUUUUCUUAGAUUUUGACAGCAGAUCUAGAAUAUCUUGUAAAGUUGAUUCCUAAUAUGAAUUUUAAAAUUUUUCAAUGUGAAAUUAUAAUUAAUUAUUUCAAUGUUAUUUUCAUUUCUUGAAGUUGCUUUUCCAUCCAAGGUUUCAUUUUGCAAUCCACAGUUGCUUUAUUUUCUUGUUAAUAGACCAAUCAAAAGAAAUAAAUAAACUAAAACUUUGAGCCUAAUCCUUAUGUCACGGGUCGAGACUUAAGCUCCGAAUCCGCGCGGCUUUGGGACCCGAACAU